AUGGCCCUCCCCAAACCUCCAUCUCUCCGCUGCCUCCGCCCCUUCUCCACCACCCUCCACGUCCCCAAGCCCGCCACUCAAUCCCCGGCCCCCGGCUACACCAAAGGCCCACCCCCCUACCCUUACGGCCCCGCCCUGCACUACAAACAAUCCGACUCGGGCCUCUACGGCGGCGCGAAGAUCCAUUUCGGCAACAAAGUGUCCGACAAGAACGCCGUGAAAACGCGCCGCGCCUGGCGGCCCAACAUGCACAACAAGCGGCUCUGGAGCGACGGGCUGGCGCGGUUCGUGCAGGUCAAGGUGCAGGCGCGGGUGCUGCGGACGAUCGACAAGUGCGGGGGGCUGGACGAGUACCUGUUGGGGGAGAAGGCGGGGCGGAUCAAGGAGUUGGGGGUGGAAGGGUGGAGGUUGCGGUGGUUGGUCAUGCGAACGGGGAAGGUGAGGAGGAGGGUGAAGGAGCAGAGGGCGGCGUUGGGGUUGGUGGGGCGGGAAAGGGUGACGGCGCUGGAGGGGGAAGGGAGGAGGGCGGACACGUUGGAAGACGAAGUCGAGAGGGCGAGCGGGGAGGUCGUCGGGCGAAUCCAAGGCGCCAAAGCAGGUCCCUCAGAAGCAGAAGAAGAAGAGGAGGAGGAAGACGCAGGACAUGUGGAAACCUCCAUCGACCCUCCGUCACCCGAACCUACAGCACUGGAAGACCACAUCAACCGCACCACCGAGGCCAUCGAAGCUGAAACCGUAGCCGAAGCCGCCCAUCCAGCCCAAAAAACAAACCCCUCCCUCGCCGCCGACGCUCUCCCUUCGCAGCCCGACGAUGACCAACAAGCAGGCACCCUUACCGAACCCCCCGUUCGUCACUACACCAAGGGCGAAAAACGGGCGCGGCGAGCAGAGCAGGCUGUGAAGGGGCUCGCUCGAGACUCGGAUCGGGAGGCGGAGUCGUCGGUGAUGUUGGCCGAAGUGGCGAGGAUAGAAGAGGUGGUGGAAGCCGAGAUUGAGGAAGCGGGGGGAGGGGGGAGCGAGAGGUUGGAGGUGGCGACGGAGAGGCUGAGGAGUGCUGGUGAGGAGCUUGAGCGGGUGAAGGCUGGGGCUGGGGCUGCGGAGGAGAAGGAGAAGGAAAAGGAAGGGGGGGUGUUGGCUAAGAUAAAGGGACUCUUUGGGAGACGGUGA